GUGUAUGUGUGUAUAUAUAUCCACCAGCAUAUCUAUCCAACCCCCCAAGUAACCCCAUUCGAAUUAAGAGCUCUCAAAGAAAGGAAAAGAAAAAAAAACAGAGAAAAGAAAGAAAAAAAACCAAACAUACAAACAGGGAGUUCAUUUUUGUUAGUAUUAUUGCGGUUUCUUAGUUCUGUAACAAAGACAGCUAUGUGUAACCCCAAACCAUCCUCUCCAUCCUCAUUUGUCCCUACUAAGAAAACCCAUUUCUUAAACCCCAAACACACAGUGGAUCUUCUUCACAAUGAUGACGAACUCCACAGAUGGCCAACUCCUUCGGAGGCCAUGGAAGAGAUCAAAGCCAUAGGGAGGAUCUCGGGUCCAACAGCUAUCACAGGUCUACUACUGUAUUCGAGAGCCAUGAUCUCCAUGCUUUUUCUAGGGUAUCUCGGCGAGCUUGAGCUUGCCGGAGGUUCUCUCUCCAUCGGCUUCGCCAACAUCACCGGCUACUCUGUCAUCUCCGGCCUGGCCAUGGGCAUGGAGCCCAUUUGUGGACAAGCUUACGGAGCGAAACAAUGGAAGCUUCUUGGCCUAACUCUACAAAGGACAGUGCUUCUACUCCUCUCCACUUCAAUCCCCAUCUCAUUCAUGUGGCUCAACAUGAAGACAAUCCUCUUGUGGUGUGGCCAAGACCAAGAAAUCUCAUCUAUGGCGCAUACUUUCAUCGUUUUCGCCAUCCCGGACCUCUUCUUUCUCUCCCUACUCCACCCUCUUCGCAUCUAUCUCAGGACACAGAGCAUCACAUUACCGUUAACCUACUGUUCAGCAAUCUCGGUUCUCCUUCACAUACCACUCAAUUUCCUCCUGGUGGUCUAUUUCAAGAUGGGUAUUGCAGGGGUGGCCAUAGCCAUGGUUUGGACUAAUCUCAAUCUCUUCCUUUUGCUCUGCUCGUUCGUCUACUUCUCCGGCGUGUAUAAGGACUCGUGGGUUGCUCCGAGCACGGACUGCCUCCGGGGGUGGUCGUCGCUGCUCGCCCUGGCCGUGCCGACGUGCAUCUCGGUCUGCCUAGAGUGGUGGUGGUAUGAGUUCAUGAUAAUGCUGUGCGGACUACUAGUCAAUCCCAGGGCAACCAUUGCUUCAAUGGGGAUUCUCAUCCAGACCACCUCACUAGUCUAUGUCUUCCCAUCCUCCCUCAGCCUCGGCGUGUCGACCAGAGUGGGCAACGAGCUGGGCGCCAACCGCCCCGCGAAGGCCCGCAUUUCGAUGAUCGUGUCGCUCGCCUGCGCCGUGGCGUUGGGCCUGGCCGCCAUGCUGUUCACCACCCUGAUGAGGCACAGGUGGGGGAGGUUUUUCACCACGGAUGCCGAGAUCCUGGAGCUCACCGCGGUGGCAUUGCCGAUAGCCGGACUGUGCGAGCUCGGGAACUGCCCGCAGACCACCGGGUGCGGGGUGCUGAGAGGCAGCGCGAGGCCUACAAUCGGAGCAAACAUCAAUUUGGGGUCGUUCUACUUGGUGGGCAUGCCGGUGGCGUUCGUGAUGGGGUUCGUGGCGAAAAUGGGGUUUGCAGGGCUUUGGGUAGGCUUGCUUGCAGCACAGGCCUCGUGUGCCUUGCUCAUGCUCUAUGUCCUCUUCACAACAGAUUGGAUGGCUCAAGUGGAGAGAGGAAGAGAGCUUACACAGUCCUCUUCCACUACAACAACAACAACUACAACAAUUUCAUUACCCAUAUCAUCAAAAUCAGAGCCUACUAAGAAAAUGGCAAAUCUAGAAGAGAUUUUGAGCGGUAAUGAUGAUGAGUUAGUGAAGUUUGAAACAGAUCCUCUCAUAUCAAAAACACACACAUUGUGCAGUAAUUAGAAGAAGAGAGUACUACCCCCCAUUUUUUUCCACUAACUCUUAGAUGAGUUGGUGUGAAAAUUGUUCACUACUAGAGUUUCACCAUCAUUUAUAUCACUGUAGAAAACAGCUUUUCUUUUUUAA